AAUGGGAACGGCCUGCCCUUGUGUCUGUGGACUGUUACUCUCUCUCCUUUUCUUCUGGGUUAAUUCUUAAAUUAAAGAUUACUGCCCUCUUUAAUCUCCAUUUCUUGGACAUGGUCUUUUGUCUACCUCACAUCCCCCACCUUUCCCUCACCCAUUACUCGGUGGGUUUUGUUAGCUCGCACUUUCAUCGAGGGGGCGAUUCACAAAGAUAAAGCUUUCUCCUUCACUUCCAUUUAGGGAUUACUUGUUGGGUUUUCAUCCGAGAUCGUUCUUCGUAGAUCGGACCCCCUUUUCUUUUCAAAAAAUUUCCAUCUGUUCGAUUCAAUCAAGUUUAUGUGACUUGGUUUGUUGUUUGGGAAACUUUGUUGACUUGGCUCAUUUUCGAUAGGGAAAUUUACAUUUUCUCUAAUGCAAGGGCAAAGGAGUAGUGUUGGUUCCUUGUCAGAAACCAUAAACUUUGAACAUGGAUCUUCAUCAAAUAAUCCUGGUAACCAGCCAGUUUACUGGAAUAACAUGUGGAAUCCGGCAGAAAACCGGAUACAAGAAUAUUUACUACCUACUUCUGAUAUAAAUACUGGAUAUGUGAGUUCUGUGAGCCAUGAGCAACGAAGUUUAAGUAGAUGGAAUUUGGGGGAACCUAGCUCUUGUGAUAUGCAAACCGAGGCGAUACCUGAUGAGCAGAAAGCUGAGCUUGGAUGGUCUUCAAUGACUCGUGAUGCAGAUGGUCCCGUUACGGAAAACCGACUCUGUGAACCAUCAAAUAAUCCUUCACUGGGUCAUGUGAAUCUGAGCCCACUGAUUAUACAAAAUUCCAAUUCUAAUGCUAUUCCUCAUAAUCUCAACUUAAAUGCAAGUUUUGCAAGUCAUGGAGGUGACAGUAGCAGAGUUAAUGAAGGUUCUAAUAUGUACAAAUCUAGUGGUCCGGAAGAAGGGAGUAUUUUAUGUUCCAGUGCAUCUGAUCCUCUUUUACUUCCUUCUGGAACUAGUGGACUUCCAGCUGCAAAUGAUGGUAGAGCAGGCUCUUCCUUGGAUGGUCGUCGUGCACCAUGUAAAAGAAAAGCUAUUGAAGGAAAUGUUGCGCAGUCCUCUUUAAGUGGAAGCAGUAACUACUCUCAGCAUAUUGAAAGUGGUGCUGAACCACCUCUUUCUGUUUUCUCCGGUCGCUACAACACAGGGAGUAGAUUAACCAUACCUGCUCCACCAGUGCGAGGGAAUCAAGCCCCUGUUCGAGGCGCAGGUGAACUGACUUCGAACAGCUUCUCUGAGCCGAUUGUUGCAGAAAGCUCAGAUGAUAGUUCUCAGAGAAAUUAUCGCAUAAGAAUAAGUUCAUCAAAUGCACAAGAGUCUUUUGCAUCAGCAGGAACUACUGUUAGGCAUCCUGGGGUCUCAUCUUCCCAGCUGCCAGCAAGACUUCUACCUGCUGAGCAUCUACUAGACUUGAGGCCGGCACCAGCUGUAGACAAUAUAUCUGCUCAAGGUCAGCCAAUUAUGAUACAUGUGCCUGCUUUACCCCGAAGCCUACAACCAUAUAGGUGGAAUGGGAGUUCUACUUCAAGAAGUGGUAGUUCAUCCAGCUCUGCAGGUGAGAGACAGGUGGUGCAACGUGAGGAGGUGAGAACAAGCAACAUAGGAAGAAAUGUAUCUGAACAUCCUAUGUUUGUUCCAGCAAAUGAGCUGAGGAAUUUGGUUCGAAAUCCAUCAAGUAGAGGUUUAACAUCUGCAAACUUGUCCAUUCCUGGAAAUGUUGCUUCUACAUCCAGGGUUGGUUCAAGUUCAGGGGUCCAUCCCCCAUCUGGACCUUGGAUGCCUCCUGAGAAUUCUCCAACGCAGUUUCCUAGGAGGUUAACAGAAUAUGUUCGUCGGCAGCUAUUUUCUUCUGCUACGAGUGAGUCUGGAGGCAGAACAAGUAAUUAUUCACGAUCAGGUUCUACCUCUGCCCAGGAUAUGGUUCUUUCAUCUGGAUCUGGCCGCCGGGGGCACCAUUUAUUGCAACCGAGGUCUACAUUAUGGAUGGAAAGAAGAGGCGACAGUGGACUUGGUCUUCCCUAUUCAUUACGAGCCUUGGGUGCUUCUAGUGAAGGAAGUGACAAUAAUAGACUUGUAUCUGAGCAGAUACGCAAUGUCUUGGGCCUUGUACGCAGGGGUGAAAGCUUACGAGUUGAGGAUGUGAUGAUCCUCGACCAGUCGCUAUUUUUUGGGAUGGCUGAUAUUUAUGAUAGGCACAGGGAUAUGCGUCUCGACGUUGAUAACAUGUCGUAUGAGGAAUUGUUGGCUUUGGAAGAACGUAUCGGAAAUGUCAACACCGGACUAAGUGAAGAGGCGAUUGUUGCUCGUCUGAAACAGAAGAAGCAUGUCAAUGCUGUUGAAUCGCAGGUGGAGGAAGAACCAUGCUGUGUUUGCCAGGAGGAAUACAUGGAAGGAGAAGACAUCGGAACGCUGGAAUGCGGGCACGACUUCCACACGGAUUGUAUUAGGCAGUGGCUGAUGCAAAAGAAUCUGUGUCCGAUCUGUAAAACGACUGGUUUGGCAACCUGAGAAGGAAUGGUUGUUAUGUAGGAGAUGCAGACCUGGUUGGAGUUGCUAAAGCAACAAAACGAGGGAUGGGGAUGCCCCAAAGGGAAGGAGGAUGGUGUGUUGGAUGGCAAAUGUUCUCACCUUUGGUCCCAGAAAUGAAGAGCCACAUCGAAGUUCUCUACAUACAUUUACAAGUAGUAAAAUUUUAAUAUAUGCAAGCAAUCAUUUUUUUGGUUUUUUCUUUUAAUUUUAUUUUGGAAGAAAUGAAAUUCAAGGUUCUAAUUGGCAAGGAAGAAGAACUGUUAGCUUUAAGGUUAUAUGAUGGUGAAACUAAUUAAUGUUUACUCCCAUUGACAUUACUUUAGAGAUUGUUGGUCUUAAAUCUUAAUAUAUCAUGGCAUCGGAUAUUUCCAUA